AUGCGGUCGACGGGCACUCUUUGGAUCAACUCCCGCCUGCCCGAGAGCGGCGCGGCGCGGCGCGCGUACUGGUUUGCCGGCUGGCUCAUGGCCCAGGCGCUGCCCAACAGAGCGGCGCUCGGGGUGCAGCUGUCGCCGGCGCUGUUUGGAAAACUCGUGGAUGGGCCGGCAUUCAAGCCGGGCCUGGAGGCCAUGCGGCGCCACGACCCCGACGCCACCGCGUCCCUGGAGCGCGUGCUGCGGCUUGCACCCUCAGAACUGUCAGACCUGGCGCGGUUCGAGGGCCACCCCACGGACAGCGGCGCGCCGGGCGCCGGCAGCUGGGGCGUGGGCGGCGCCAUGGGCCAGCCGCAGCGGCUAGUGGAGGCGGCUGCGGCGCGCCUGCUGGUGGAGGACGUGGCUUGGCAGUUUGGCGCCCUGGAGCUGGGGUUUUGGAGUGCGGCGUCGAGAGAGGUUCUGGACACCUGCUGCAUGGACGCCGCGUCCCUGGCAGCCGCGGUCUGCGGCAGCCGCGCGCACCAGCCCGUGACCGGGCCUGCCGUGCGCCGCGCGUUCAGGGUGGUGCUUCAAGGCGUUGUCUCAGAGCGCGAAGGCCUCGCCCCUGAGGACGAACCCCACGGCGGCGGCAGCGCCGUCAAUGACGGCAGCGGUACCAGCUAUGGCGGCGGCUUGUUUGAUGUGUCCGGCAGGAGCGAGGCGGUGGUGGCCGAGUGCCUGUGGGAGGUGCUGGACGGGUGGCCGCCGGCGUUGGUUGCGGCUUUCCUGCGGUUCACAACAGGCACCGACAGGCUUCCCAUGCAGGGCACAGAGGCGCUGACCAUCAGCUUUCCCUUCACUGCUUUAGGCGCCGCCGAGCGCCGAGCGGCGCUCCACAUGCUGCCGCAGGCCCACACCUGCACCAACACGCUGGAGCUGCCGGAUUACUACUCGGCGCUGAUGUCAGCGUCGGCCGCCGACCGGCAAGGGGCAGCGAUCGCGGGCGUGGCGUGGGGGUCGGCGGAGGAUUUGGCAAACGCGCCCAGGGUUGAGCGAUGGGAGCGCGGCAUCACGGGCGCCGGCGGGGCGGCUCAGGGUGGCGCAUGGCUGCGUGCGCGCUGCAAGGAGGUGCUGGCGGAGCGGCUCGAGUAUGCGGUGGUGCAUGGGGCGGGCGCCUACGCGCUGGACGACUUGGAUGAGUAA